GACACCUGCCCUCAGAGGCAAAGGACCAAAAACUUUGUACAUUUAAAACCGAUGUGAAAAUUCCUGCUUGCUUUAGCUUUCCCUACAGCACUGGCUAGAGAUGCAUGCUAAUUAAAAAUUGCCACUUUGCUUAUCUUGUGAUUGGAUGGGGAGGAAACGUUUGUCAAUACCAUAUAUCACUGAAUCAUCAAGCCCUACAGAAGACACCAAGCACAGAAGCUUUUGCUCCCUGCCUGGGACAUCCCGUAUGCAGACCUGCGUGGGCAUUGCUGUAAGAAACAGAAGCUGCGUUCAGCACAGAUGCCAGCCUUCUCCAAGGAGUAACCUCUCCAUCCCCAAGUGACACCAGCUCCUGCUAGUAUCAUGGGACCAGACGGUGGCUUCUUCAGCAGUGGACGGGUCCACAUCAUCCUGUGGGGAAGCCUGGCAGCUGUGACAACACUCCUGUUCCUCACCUUCCUCAUCUUCCUCUGCUCCAGCUGCAACAGGGAAAAGAAGUCCAAACAUCAGAAUGGAGAUCAUGAAAAUCUGAUGAAUGUGCCUUCCGAGAAGGAGGUGUUCAGCCACUCCAUCACGAGCUCGGCCACGGAGCCGCCCCCCAGCAGUGAGCAGAACGGGGCGCUCAGCAAUGGCGAGGUGCUCUCAGAGGACAGUACAACUGCCUGUAUCCAGCCUUAUGAAGAAGUACAAACAUCUGUCUCUGAUCUGCUAGAUCCACAAGACAGUCUUGGAAAAUCCAUAAAAUGUCACCAGAGCCGGGAGCUGCCCAGUAUUCCCCCUAACAAUACCAUGGAAACCAUCAUCUCAGCUAGAAAUGCAGAAAAUGAUCAAGGUCUUGGAAUGGAAGGGCCUUACGAAGUCUUAAAAGACAGCUCCUCUCAAGAGAACAUAGUUGAGGACUGCUUGUAUGAAACUGUGAAGGAAAUCAAAGAUGUUGGAGCAGCAGCCAACAUGGAAAGAAGCUGCAACAGAAAGUCAGCAGCUUCACUGAUGGCAUCUGAAGGUCAGGAUCAGACUCCUGAGUGCAGAAUUGAAUCAGCAGAAUACGCAUCUGUAGACCGAAAUAAAAAAAGUCGCCAAAGUGCUAAUUCAGAAAGCCCUCUUGACAACACACCAGAUGUAGAAGAUGAGCUUCCCCCUCCAGUACCCAUGAAACUUCUUGAUGAAAAUGAGAACGUGCAAGAAAAUGAAGUGGAAGAAGGAGAAGGAACAGAAGGAGCAAGUGAACCAGAGAAGAGGCAUAGUUCGAUGUCUUACAAGUCUCGGGAGGAAGAUCCAUCUCUUACAGAAGACGAGAUCUCAGCCAUGUACUCUUCAGUGAGCAAGCCAGGACAGGCCAUCAAGGCACUGGAUUCUCCUUACACCUGUAUUCAAGAAAUCACAUCUCAGAGGUCCCCGUCUGUUUGCAGUGGCCUCUAUGCAAGUGUGAAGGACUUUGAAAACACUCUCAGUACUACCACUGUGCCUCAGUCAGCAGACAGACCCAACGGGGAGCUGGAGCCUGACUAUGAAGCUAUCCAGGCAGUGAGCCAAGAAGAAGACAGGACCUUGUCUGUGCCUAACACAAACCACACUGCUCUUUCGGGAGAGAAUGACUAUGAGAGCAUAGGGGACUUGCAGCACCACAGGGAUGUCACCAGACUUUAACUACUCUGGCAGCCAGAUUUCAGCCUUUAUCUUAUCUGCUGGUGUUUUCAAAACAACAUGUGAGACAAGGAGAGGGAAUCACUUCUUAUUUUGAGAAACAAAGCUAAGUACGGAAUAGAAAUCAUGAAGAAGCCGUGCAUGGUUCAGCCUGGGUGUGAUAUCCAUGGGGUUGUUCUGGGUGGUGGACGGAGGCUCACAGGAAAAUUUAUUUUUUAUUGUUACCUUUUUAUUAUUAGUUCCAAGAUGGCCAGAAUUCGGGAAGGAGUGCUGUGUUUGUCGUCCUGAUAGGAUCACAUACCAAAAAGACUGCCUUUACACAAAGCUAGCUUUUCAGUUUAGAAGAUUAUUGUACAUCAUUUUCUUCAACGUGUUUUUCAAGAAUCAUUCUUCAUUCAAGCUCGGGCAUCCACUUCGUGAAGGUGUGCUAACCUCUUUGUCUUUGGGAGCAUGCUGUAAAUCAGUCCUUGCAGCCAGGUGGGGCUGAGAUGGAGUCAGGAUAUCGGUGUGUCCUUUCCACUGUCAUUACAACUAAAGUGCAAAUAACAGUCACUUCACUUCACAAGGGACCUACCCCAAAUGUACUUGAAUUAAUUCUGUAGGCUUUUUUCUUUCUUUCCUGUUUUUUUGUUUUUGUUUUUUUUUUUUAAUGUCGGGGCUGUAGAAUGUGACUUGCAGUAUUUUGAGAUGUGUACUGGUAUUUGUAGGGUUUUUCAUUUAAUUAUUUGUGAAAUACUGCUUUUAAAUGGCAAGUGACACUCCUAGCAUUCUCACUGUGUCCCUCCCGUGUGCACACAUGUACCUACACAUACACACACCAGACGACUGUCAUGUUGCAAGAAGUUGUACAAAUUAAUGUGUUGGCAUAAUAUUUAGUCUAACCUUAAUAGUGUUGAGUCAUCUUUUAAAGAAUUUUGCCCUUUUUAAAGACUUAAAAUAUUUUAAUAUCUAUUGUAUUAUAUAGGAAAACUUCUGUAUUGUGUUGAGUGGAUGAUAUUUUUCAUUUUUACAACAUAUUUUUAAUCUUUGAAGUUUUUGUAGAUUACCUUGCUGCUUUAUGUAACCAGAGGAAUCCCAUUCUUUCCUUGGGUUUUAUUUCUUUUUCCUUUACAUCUUUUUCCUAUUUUAGAAGUACGUAAACAAAGAAUUGCUAUAUUAUUUUUUUUUAAUCUUCUUAAGCAGGGAUGUGGACCAUGCCUUGCUGUUUUUAAGCUUAAAAUAAUUCAGUCUGUGUACAAGAAAAAAGGCAAAAAAGAGGUAGAAAAGAGAGUGGAUUUCUUCUGAGAUUGCCAUUGGUCAUUCUUGUUCCUCUGCCAAAAGGAGCAGGAGAGUCAUAGCUAAGGGAGACCAUAAACUUCCUGGGGCUCUGACAAGCAGUUUGAAAGCCACUGUCUUUCCAAAGAUACCAGGUUAUUCUGUUACUAGUGAAAGAAAAAAAAAAAAAAAGUUGAAAUAAGCAGGUACUGGACUGAUACACGUUUUCUUCAAGAAUAGUGCAAUGAUGAAUAGUAUGAUAAUACAAGAACAGUCCAACAGUAGAGAGUAGGCAUUUCAUUAUAUGCCUUUGUACACACUUAUGUGUACAUCCGUGCACGUGUCCCUGUGCAUACACACAUAUACGCGUGGUUUGUACACAAGGACAAGCUACGGUCCAAAUUUGGUAGCAUUCACAUAACAUUCACAUACACAAUAUUGGCAUGUGCUUGAAGAGUAGUUUAUUUUUAAUGCAAAACAGACAGUAUGUAAACUGAGAGUGGCUCAUUGCAUAGCAGCCCAGAAUGGGUUUAGCUUCAGCUCUCUUGCUGCUGAGGUUUGGUAUAUCAGGCUGGGUCCUUCUCGGAUCACUGGCCAGCACGCAGCGGUACUUGGUACUGUACAGGGCAAACACAGCCCUGGGUACACACAUUUGUUAGAAAUACCUAUAACUGAAGGAAGUGUACUGGUUUAUGGCGCAGCCUGUAAGGAGCAUGGCUCUGAGGAGCAGCGCUCGCCUGCAAACUGCCCACAGAGUGACCGGAGCUUUGUGGAGCCUGACCUCGCACGGCCGUGGAGCACACUUGAGCUGGGGCUCUCUUCCUGCAAGGAAAAGCAGCUCAGACAGACCAGUCUGCAGCUAUCUUGAUCGUGCUGCCAUGCUCUCACGGCCGCAGCAAAGACUUUUCUUCUACUUCACUGCAGUGCUUUUUAUAGCUGACUUUGGUCUUCCUCCCCUUGCAGCGUUCCCUCGAAUGUGAAUUCAUGAAGUUCACCUUUGACUGUUCUCUCCUUCUACUUCAUGCUGUUUCAGGCCAAAGAUAAAAUGCCUCACGUAUCACAAGAUCUUCUGUGCUGAGUUUGGAGAUUUUCUGGAGGUUUAACUAUGUGUUUGCUGCCCGCUUCGUGCUCAGGUGUACUCGUUUGUGUAUGUCGUCCUCGGUCUGACUCCUGCAGCUCAGUGGGAGACAUACACAACUCCUGAGGUUCCCAAACACAUCUCAGGAUGCAGUUAUCCCUUAAGGGCUGUCUUACUUGUUACAUGGAUGACUGCUUUUGGAGAAACAGUAGCAACACGAGGUUUGUCAGGUUCACCAGAUGCAAUUUCAAGAUCAGUUUAAAAAAUAAAAAAAAUAAUAGCAGUUAAUGAUAGCAAAGAAAAACAUUGAACUCCAGAUUGCAAAAUUUUAAGCUGCAAAAGAAGAAAAUCAAGCAUCACUCUAAAAGUACCCCAAGCCAAGAUCAGCGAGCCUAAGGAAGAAGGACUGCCUGGUCACACUUUGCUGUCUUUCAAGGCAGAACCAGGAGUGCUGGACUGGAGGACGGGAUGUCAGACUCACCUCCUUCCUUCCUUUCUGAUCCCUGUUGAGAUCCCCCAGACUUCCCUUUUUCACAGUGAAAUCCCUUCCCCUGUCUUUUUCUGUUGCUGUCUCGGUCUGCUUCACACAGCAUGGCACUCAGCGCUGAUGUGCUGUGGUGCUGGCACCUUCCUUCCCGUUUCUGCCACUGUCAGGCUGCUCACAACCUCUGCAGAGCAGCUGCUGUGGACAAGACAAAUCUUGAGUGGUGGAUAGGGUCUGAAAUUGGUUUUAUUUCCUUCUUAUGCGAAUUGAUCUUGGACAUUAGAAACAGGAGCUUAAUCUUUUCCUUCUACCCCUCUGUCAGUCACGAGGUGGAGAUGGGUGUUUUAUCUGCAUCUCCUCAAGCUCUCCACCUCCAGCUCUUGACAGAUGACACAGUAACACAGCCAGUGUUUAUUGCAGAGCGUUUAGUGCAAGCUGCUACCCCCACUCUGUCCUUUGCCACUUUCAGGGGCUUUGACCACGACAGUCUUCUCUGAAGUCAUCACAGGAGGGAUCUGCUUCCAGCCCACCAGACCCUCAGCCUGGUGGGGAAGGCGGUCAGAUUCUGGAUUGCUGCUUGCAGUGUUAGCACCUGCCCUCACCCCCUGAGACCUCCUGACGCUUGGGUUUUGGGAGCCGAAGAAAGGAAUUACCCUUCUGAACAAGGACACACUGAGGGGGCAGUGUUAUAACUCCCCUAUAAUCUCCACUGUGUAGUCUAAUGCUAUAGAAGAAUGUUUUAGAAUUCAGUCCAAGGUGCUUAAAUGAGUAAUUAACAUCACUUUAAUAAUAAAUAAAUAAAUAAAGCUUCUGUUUUAGUUCCCUCUUUCCAGAAGUCAGAUCUGUUCUUUCAUGGCUAUUGCCAAUGCUUCCUUUUCACUAAUACACUGGAAAUACUUUACCAGCAGCAAUCUUCAAAUACAUUAUUUUUGCUAUAAAGAAAGGGGAGUCUCUUCUACUUGUCUCAUCACUGCUAUUUGUUUCUCUUUCACCACACCCAUAAAUAAAAUAUCAACACCCAGAAUGAAUUAUUUGUUACCUAAUGAUCUUUCCUGGGGCAACUUCACAGACUUGUUUCUUUACCUCCAUUUGUUAGCACAACUGUAUAAGAAGAUCGCACUUCAAAUUGACAUAGUGAAGCCAAGUGCAGCUGCAAUGUCUCUGUAACUACACUACUAGAAAGGUCUUUUCUGAUUCCCUUCUGGGAACUGGUAGAAAUAGGAAAUGCAGUUUGGACAUCUCUUCCCUGAAUCCAUCUACCCUGGGACUUCUAUCCCCAUCCUGAAGCCAGUAGUGUCUCUUUCUACCAUGACAAGCGCAGAAUUGCUUGCUCAGCCACAGAGCAAAAUAAAUGUUAAGGAUAUGUGUACACAGGCAUGUACCUAGUUACCACAGUUAGAUCAGCUAGAGUGCCUUUUUUACUAAGUAGUUAGUACUUCCAUACUCCUUUUUUUCCAUACUGUUUGUUUGACACAAAACUAGAAGGAGCAUUCCCCCCAUUUAUCUGUGGGGGAAACAGCUUUGGGAACAAUUAGUAACAGCUUUAUAAAGACACAUCAAACAUACAGGACCUCAAUUAGCCUCAGUUUAGCAAUAGUCUCUCACAAAGUUCCUCUAGAAAGCCCAGUAAUGUAGCUACAGUAACUAAGCUUUGCAAUAAGCAUGAUCAGUCUUCUUUCGAAGAACCUAUGUUUUUCAACAGUGAGCAAUCAGGGAGGCUGUGGUCUGUGUCCAUGUCAGCUGUGAACAAUUGGUAGCUUCAGUCUUUGUAUUAGUAUCAAUUACAGGCUUGCUUACACAGAGCAGGCUGCACGGGGCAGGGAUGAGGGGAAUGGCAAAAGAGGAGUGGGUGCUGGGAUUCAGAUGUAUCAGUCACCCAAAACUGGGCCGUCCCACAAUAGCGACUGGCUGAGGGUCAGCUGCCUUGUUCUCCAAGUCCUCGUGCAUUGUGCCUCUGAGGAAUCUGUCUUGUGGAGAUUCUUCUGGGCUGUGUACUUCUCCUUGGCUCCCUGAACAGCUCCUCUCGGUUGUCUUGAUCAAAAUUCUGUGUACACGGUGCUCUCUGUUCAACCUUUCAAUGGUGCUUUUAUAAGAUGCUGGAUAAAUGGUUUCAAUGUGCUUUCUGAAAGCUGACAUGUAAAGUUGUGACAUAAAGUGUUCUCUCUAGCAUUUUCUGCUUCACAAACUGAGCGUUAACUGUGAUGCUCUGACUGCAAAAGUCUGACAGGGCUUCCCUGUUUCUUCUUCACCCCACAAAGAACCAGAACGGAGCCAUCACAUGUAAGAAGCCUGGGUUGGGCAAUACUUUUCAGAAGCAGCCAUUCAGGCCAAGUGCAUUGGCUUGAGAGCAGCUAGACACUUGGCUCCUCAAGGACGUUCUUCUGUCUUUAAUUGUGUAUGUGCAUUUGUUCACAAGAUGACUGUAAGAAAUCUAUUUCUGCAACAAACAUUUUGAUUUGGGCCAAAUUCCAAAGAGGAUAUUUGGUUAAUUAGCAGUUAUUUCAGAUGAGUGUUGUUUAUUUAGGUUGGAACGUGCCUGAAUAAGGCUGGUAUGUGCCUCACAAGCAACUUGGUGUGUGCAGUCUGUUGAGAACUGGGUGAAUGCAAAAGAUGCUCGACCUGAUGGCUGCUCCUGGGAUAGCGUGCUGAAGACUCCCAAGGGCAAAUCUCUUUCUUGGAGCAGGAAGCCUGAUUGCUGUUAAUAUGAUUUCAUACCCUGGUGCUGAAGUUCAUUUGUAUCUGUCUUUUGGGAUGAUCAUGGCUGAAGACAUAGCCAGAGCAGAUCUCAACCUUAAAAGGAAAAAAAAAAAAAAAGCAUUUUUAUAUCCCUUGCUAACUAGCCAGUUAUCAACAUGUUGAGGAUUAUGCUGAGAAUAAGAGCUAUGGAUCACAGAGAUAAAAGCAGUGUGUUCCUUUUCUCAAAGGAAGGAGAACCCCAUGUCAUUGGGUCAAUACAAAAGAUCCCAUGCUCAGCAUUCAUAUAUCCUCAACAAAAAGUAUUAAACAAAUCAGUUGCCCAGGUAAUAUUUUUCCAGUAGCGCAUUAGUGUAUCACAUACACCAGACACUGUUCUUUUCCUAUGGACAACAGAAAGUUGAAAACUUAUUGUGAUAUAAGGUUCCCAUUGAUUAAACUUACAUGUAAGCCAUAGGUCAUCAAGAGAGGGUCUACACAAUGUAGAUAUAUUUAAUCUAACUCUGUAUGAUGAGAUGUUGUAGGCAGAAUCACUAGAACAUCUCCAUGCUCUACACUUGGUUGGCCCUGCUCAUAUGGCAAUGUGCAUAGCAAGUGCGUGGAGUAUCUUUGAAAUAGUAUCCAUUGGCCUGCCCAAUCUAUAGGCAACACAAAGCUUAGUUCUGAUUUUCUGAGCUGUGGGGUUUGUUUUCUGGACAUCUUCUGUCUCAAACUGGACAGAAGGACUGUCACUACAAUCACAACAAACUGGACAGAAGGACUGUCACUACAAUCACAACAGCAAAGUGCCUAAAAGUAAAGAUGUUUCUGUAAAAGUAAAGAUGCUCGCUGUUACUGCACAGCAGCUUGUCUACUGUAUGUGGUACUCUCUUGCCAUACACGUUUCUAAAUUUGUCUUUCAUUUAUUGUGUUCAUUUAUUGUUAUAACUGCCUGGCAAGUUUUCCGUCUCUGCAAAUUCAAUUGUAUAAUUUUAACUAGAACAUUUGUUACUGAAAAUAUAAAAUGUGACCUUUGUUCAGUUUAGAAGGCAGCUAUGUUGUUUCUCAUAAUUUAAGAUAAUGCAACAACCUGCUUAGAUUUACAAUGUAUGUAAAACAUGACUUUAAAAGUUUUGGUUUAGCUUUCAGGAUGCCUCCCUUUCACUACAAGGCAAUGUUACCAACUUUGUGAUUUUAAUCUUGUAUUGUUUUAAAGCCUUACGAAUCUUAUUACUUACGGAGGAAAAAGAAAAAAAAAAAAAAAAAAGGCAGCACUGGUGUUUUGACUUCCUAAUGUCUACAAAGAGACGUUCAUGUUUUAACUUUCAGCAUAGGUUGGAUUUGGACUAUCCUCUUAUUUACGUAACUGCUCCUCCCCGUCAUGCUCAGCCAUCACCGUCUGGGUUCUCUCUUUUGUCCUUGAUGAAAUACAGCACCUGGCCACUGUCCAGCGGGCACAGAAACUGCAUCACUUCACAGUUCUGAACGGGGUUUAGAAGCCUGGACUUGUGCUCUGAAGUCACACAUUUUGGGGAAAUCAGAUCCUGUCCUGCAGACUUCUGUGGAGAUCUUCGCUUUCUCUCAAGGCAAAAUGUACCAUAGCUCAGAAACACUCAGCUGACACAGAAAGAUGUACAGUAAGAGAUGAACUGUUUUUUUGUUGUAUGUUUUGUUUUGUUUUUUACAUUAGUAAAAAAUGCUUAAGAGCACAAGAACCUCCAUUUUCACAGGCAUGAGGAUACUAAACUUGGUCUUUAUCUCUGAGGCUGCUUGAGAAUGGUCACGUAACCAGUCUCCUCUGAACGUCCUACCCGUGUGGCGAAUUCAGAUGAGCUCCAUAUGGACCACCUUCGUGCAGGGCCUGUCUCAGCUCUGUGGUGAUGACAACUUUGGAAUGGCCCUUGCCUUCCUAGUCCCAACCCCUUGAGCUUUGAGGUGUGAGCUGCUCCUCCUCAGUCUGCCUGGUGUUGUUAGUCUGAGGUGUGCCAAGAGUCAGUGCCGGCCCAGAGAAGAGCAUGUAGUGUCAGGGCAGGACAGGCAGAGCCUACUGCAGUUACUAGGAAAAGAGAGGUCAGAGGAAAAGUAGCUAAGUUUCUUUUGUGCUUCACCCAUAUCACAGACUACCUAUUCCUAAAGGUUUUUAUUGUAGAGGAGGUUGCAGUCAAGGGACAAGUUGCAGAGAAUGGUCCAAGAGAUGGGUGGAGCUGUUUACUAUUCUCAGCAUUCCCUCAGCCCAGAGAGGAAGGGUCAAGCCCUCUUUGCCCCACUGUCAUGUAGAUUUCCCAACCUUUUAUCAGCUUAAAUGAAAGGAAAAUAAAUUAUAAAUACAUGCUUUUGCUCUAUGAUAAACCCCAAAUGGGCAAAGGUGAGUGCACUAAUGUAAGUACCUCCAUCCACGUGCUGAUCUGGACUUCCACAGAGGUUUUUUGAGGAGAAAAAAAAAAAUCAAAACCAGGUUAUUUUAUUUAAAAGUAAUAAUUUGCAUGAGGUAAGAGUGCAGGAUUAGACCCUAAAAGUUUAGGACGUUUGGUUUGGUGCUAAUGUAUUUCUGUUUGUCUUUUCAGUGAAGUGAAUUUUCUUUCUUUUAUGUUAGUGAACUGAUAUGACUUCCAUAGGAACAACAAACAAUGCAGAGUCUGUUAUAUGGAUAAUUAUCUCCCAUGGCUGUUAUUAAACUCCUGCCUCAGUAGGAUUCACUUUAAAUUGGGUGCUGUAGGAGCUUCAGCACAAAAUUGCUGCACGCAUGGAACAUUGCCUACAUAGAACAUAGUGGAUAAGUAUUUGUAAUUACAGACACUUUCAUUUAUUUUAACUUGUUUUAUAAUGGAAAAAAAUAUUUAUCAGUAAAAUGGUUUUCUAGCAAUGUUCUCCUAAGUAACGUUUUUGCAACAAAUUGUGUUUUCUGGACACCUAUUUGAUUUUCUGGUCACUGAAGAACUUCAAAACAUCCUCUAACCAGCAUGAUCUUCUGAAAAGAGAGGAUUAGAGCUGUCUCUGGCUGUCUCGGAGUGGAUACAGUUAAAAGAACUGUGCGGUUCGGAUCUGUAGGUAGCGAGAGCAGUUCAAAGAAAUGACUGUAAUAUAUAAACCUGGAGUCAGUGCAUGCAGACUUCCAAGCUGGCACUGCUGAGGCUUGUUUGCUACACGAUUGGUUAUUUGGCUUGCUACCUUUCUGAAAUCAAUAUGGUUUUAUUAACAGCACUGCAGACACCAAAAUACUGUAGUUUUGCAGAAUGUAUGUUCCAUAAAUUGUAGCUUGGCUGUAAUUGCAGGGCUUAUACUACAGUUAGAGCAGUUCAGAUCCAAGACUAAGUUGCAUUUUUUAAAUUGAUAAAUGCCAUGAAAUUCCUUUCAACAUUUUCUAGUAAUAUACACAAGUUGAUGUAAUUUAGUCAUACCAUUAUUCGAAGAAUCUUCAUCUGAUGUUUCUAGCCAAUUCAGCUUUUGGCUGCUGAAAGCACAGUAGGUAAUUAUGGUUAUUUACUGUAAAUGUAGACACGUUUUAUGUAAAUAUGUCAGGGGAAAAAAAAAGGAAAAGAAAAAAAAAUGUUACUUAAAUGUAUGAGGCAGUUAUCUAAAAGUAAGAACAUACGUCAAUAAUAUAAAAUACAACUUUUAUUUAUGUACAGUAGUAUCCUAAUAUUUACUUGUUUAUAUGCGGAAGAAAAUCCUAAGAUUCUGUACUGUAUUCUCUGAAAGCUUUUGAAAUAGGCUUUGCCAUUUUCUCCAGUUAAUAUAUUUGCAAAUAACUUUUGAAUUUAAUGGAAAUCCUUGUAAAUGAUGUCAAAUGGGAAAUGGUACAUUGCAAUGAAAUUAGUUUAAUUUAAAGAUCCUGCAAAAAUUUGGUGGAUUGAAAAUGCUAUAUAAAUUCAGUAGCCAGAUAGAAAGAAUAAAACACAAUAAAGAA